CGUAGUCCAUUUUCAAAAAAGAUUGUUAAACACAAUAUAGCUUUUGGUCUUCAGUCGCCUUAUUUGAAAGCAAGGAAACUCGCCUUCGAUAAGUUAAACACAAUCAAUUCUAUAGCCUUUGGUCAUCCUUCCCUUUUGUAUAAGUAGUAGACGUUAAAAUGAUUGAUUCAUCAUCCACCAAAAAACAUAAUUUCCAAAGAGAAAAAGAAGAGAUUAGGGGUUUUAGCCAGGGACGACGUAAAGAAGAACACACAGCAGAGAAAUGGUGAGUCGUAUGGGAUUGGUUGGGUGCUUUCUUCUUGUUGCAGUGGCCUUGUUCAACGGUGCCACAGCUGAUACUUACACAGUCGGAGACGAUUUGGAAUGGACUAUUCCUCCAGCCGGCUCUAUUGCCUACACCACCUGGGCUAACACAAAAAGAUUUCAGAAUAAUGAUACAAUAGUAUUCAAGUGGAGUGGAUCACACACAGUAGCUGAAGUAUCGAAGGCUGAUUACGAUAACUGCUCAAAUUCGAACCAUCUUGCUUUUUAUGAUUCCAGCCCUGCAAGUAUUACACUGACUUCCAACGUGACCCGUUACUUCAUCUGCACCGUAGGUAAUCACUGCAGUGAUUUAGGGCAGAAGGUGACUAUCAAGAUUUCUGAAGAUGAUGAUCGCUGGUGGGACCACAACGCCUCUUCUUCUCUCACCGUUAAUAUUGGUGCCCUAAUCCUCUCCACUGCGAUGGCCAUCUUCUUCUAUAGCUUUAAUUAAGUGUACUUAAUACCUCGUAUUUAUUCAUGUAUUAUCGAAAUUAUGUUCAUCCUUUUGAUUGAUAGUUUUCAUUAUUAAUAAAACAAUGAUUUUUCCGUUCA